GGAAACAGCCUAUAGUAGGACUGGUGAUCGCCAUUUCCAGAAUGGUUUCUGACGGGCAGAUGAAAUGUGCGCAAUACCAUUUCACAUACAUGAUUAUGGUUUUCAACUGAGUAGUUGAAAACUUAAUGAAUUUAGCCCGACUUUCUCAUAUCUCAGUCUUUCCCUUCCUUAACACUUCAUUUAUUUGUUCUUUUUAUACAAACUUCCCUCCUAGAUCUCUAUAGAAUAUCAACUUUCAUUUACGGCUCUGCCAGUCUCCAAGAUGGUUGCCAAAGUGAAGAAACUCUGGUUUCCGCCCGAAAGAACUUCACUGAGCUGUGCGCGUGCGCAUGACCUACCGGCAGGGUGGGCAAAGACGCUUCCGCGCCUGCGCUCUGCGCCGAGGUACCGUGGCUGGUACUCUCCGAGGGCAGCUGGGAGCAGAGGGAAGCAUGUCUGCACCGUUUGAGGAGCGAAGCGGGGUAGUGCCUUGCGGGACACCCUGGGGCCAGUGGUACCAGACUCUAGAGGAGGUGUUUAUCGAAGUUCAGGUGCCCCCGGGCACUCGCGCGCAGGAGAUCCAGUGCGGCCUGCAGAGUCGGCAUGUGGAGCUCGCUGUGCGGGGCCAGGAGAUCCUCAAGGGCAAACUCUUUGAUUCUACAAUAGCUGAUGAGGGAACGUGGACAUUAGAGGACAGAAAAAUGGUUCGCAUAGUUCUUACCAAGACAAAGAGAGAUGCUGCAAAUUGUUGGACAUCUCUCUUAGAAACUGAGUAUGCAGCUGAUCCAUGGGUACAGGACCAAAUGCAAAGGAAACUUACCCUGGAGAGAUUCCAGAAAGAAAACCCGGGUUUUGACUUCAGUGGAGCAGAAAUCUCAGGAAACUACAGUAAAGGUGGACCAGAUUUCUCUAGUCUUGAAAAAUAAAAACUGCCAUUUUUCACUAUGUUUCAUGGAGCCCUAGAAGAUGUUGCCAAUGUAAAAGGAAUGGAUUAUGUGAUAGAAGAAAAUUACACUUGCUUACACAACUGAAUGAGAAUUGUAAAACAUUUAAAUAUGACUUCAAAGAAUAUAUUCAAACUGUAGUUUACAUAGAAAACAUUCUGAAUUUCAAUGGAAACUUUUCUAGAGAAAUGGUCUUUUUUUGGACUUUGCUCAGCAAGACAUUUUAAACAAGUUUUGAACUCUUAUUAAUUUGUUAUGCAGUGGGCCAUAAUCAUGUGAAACUCAAGUGUGCCUUCAGGGGAAAUUAAGUUUUUCUUUGGAAAACUGUAAUUCAGAAUAACUGUCAAUAAAGCUUUCUAAUUCCCACAUGGGAUAGGUGUUACCCACCAAUUUUAAGAGUACCAAAGGGAAAUGAUUCACUUUAAACAGUCCAACAAGUGCUGGAUUUUAACAGUAUAUUAAAUGGAAAAAUAAAAGUCUUAAUUCCUAAA